AUGUCGCCCUCGCUGCUGCUGCGGACGUUGACACUUCUGCUGCUCUGCGUCGCCCAUGGAGCCGCCUUCUCGCACAAGGACAUCCAGCUCAGCGAGACGUUCGGGGAGGGCACCAAGGGCAUCGCGUUCUCGGACAUCACGGGGGUCAAGCUGGGUCAAACCUUCAGCUCCAUCACCGUUCGAGGCGCUGAACGCGUCGACCAAGUGACUCUGAGGGUGGCGUCGCCCGAUGAGGAGACGUGGACGCACGGAGGCUCGGGCGGGGCGGACAACAUCCUCAUCCUCGCCCCGCACGAGUACAUCACGUCCAUAGAGGCUCAUGUGGCCGAGAAGAGCGGACACAAGCGGGUCGUCUACCUGAGACUUUGCACCAGUGCAGGCAACUCGGUCGGUGCCGGGUCCAAGACGGGCGAGGGCAGGACGGUGGCGGCCCCCGAGGGGUUCCACCUCAGCGGCUUCUUCGGUCGAGCGGGGACCGAAGUUUACGAGUUAGGUGCUAUUUGGACGCGGAUCAACGCGACGCACCUGCUGCUCACGGACGACAUGGGAUCGGAAUGGUACGGCAAGAAGAUUAGGAACUGGGUGGGGCCGACAAUUGGAGAUGCGACGGACUCGGCCUGCUACAGGAAGACGCACGCUCUGAGCAGCAAUGGCCUCUGCCCGCUGGGCUACAACAAGACGGACAGCAACUGCAUCGCGCAGUGUCCGCUGUCGUACCCCGUCAAGUGCUUCCUCGAGUGCAUCCCGCAGAACGACGACUGCAUGCUGGAGGUGCUGCAGAAGACGGCGUCCGUCGUGGCGGUCAUCUUCAAUACGGCCACGGCUGGCCUGCUUGAGCACAUUUCGACGGCGUACAAGGCCGCAAAGCUGACGUACAUGUGCGCGGCCAACAUCGUCAGCGUGAUCAGGUCGCUCCUGUACUUCCUCCGCUUCCAGCAGACCACCGCGCCCCAAGGAUCCGUCGAGGAGCUGCUGUCCGUCGCCUACCAGAGCGACGUCGUGCUCGUGGACUUGCCCAUCGCAGUGUGCACCUGCCUCGGGUUGCCUGUAUCAACGGCAGCCAGAGCCACGGGGAUUGUCAUUGCAGUCGUGGAGAAUAUCGUCAAGCAGGCGAUCAUCAACGGCGACCAGAUCUUGUCGUCGGCGAACGACGUCAUGACUUUCCUCCACAAUGUGAGCGCGCUCAACUCGCCGGAUGACUCGACGAUUGUGGAUCUACAAGAGUUCAUGGAGUCCAAUACGACCUGCGGGUACCAGCUCAAGCGGCUCACGGACCGCGUGAGCACCGCAGUUGAAAGUAUCCGCAAUGCGACCCUGGGAGCCAGCAACGCAGACAUCCGGGUGACAAUUAGCAGGUCGUCGCUGGUGCUAAACGACGUCCCCGUCGUCACGAACAACUGCAUGGGCGAAGUUCUGGGCAACAAGACCACCGAGGCCGCGUUCCAGACCCGCGACUUGCUUCGGAAGACCAUGGGCGUGAUCAUCGAUCAGUUAAUUGAGACCAACUCGACGGAUAUGGGCGCCAACGUCGCCAAGGACGAAACUACGCUCGAGUCAGCCAACCUCGGACUCGUUGUACUGGCGGGUCUGGACCCCACGGGCAUUCUUUGGAUGAUCUCCCAGUUUGUCCAGCCCACGUGUGGGCCAACAUCGUUCAUCGGAGAGAUCGACGACGGCACGCUGUUCGACGCUCUGGGGCUUACAACAGUGGACGAGGCGUUCGAAGGGAGCUACGGUGCUUGGACGAAAGAGGGCGACGGGAUGGUCAACAUCAUCUUCACCAGCACAGACACGAAAGACGUGACGGUUGUUAUCCAUUCGGGCGGCAGUGACUACGCCAAGGUGAAGGUGCCUUCGUGCGAGACGGUGGCAUGGAACGCCACCGUGGCUGAGCUGCAAGACAAAACCCUGUACUUGGAUCGAUGGCGGCCAAACUUUAUCGGAAUCCCCGGCUCGGGCGGCGGAUCGCUGGUGCUUUGGGUCCCCAGAUCAUCAACCGGUGGCCAUUUAACCCUCAACGUCCGAAUCAACGCGAGCUGA